AUGGAUGGAAAACCUGAACGCAUGGUUGGACAUGUUAUAAGACUUUGUAAGAAAAUUCCUGAUCAUGAAAGGGAAAAAUAUUGCAGGCAGUAUGCACAAUCAGCAACCGCUAUAGCUUUCGCAGGAAAUAGGCCAGUGAUAUACCAAAAUGAACAACCAAAGUACAAACACAAAAGCAAUUUUCCACCUUUGAAGGAAUUAAAAGGGGACACGGAAAAAUUAAAUUUGGAUUUACUUCGAGCUCUCAUUUCAGCAAAGUUACCCAUUUCAUCAAAUAGUAAUACCCUUGGCAAUGCAUAUUUAUCAAUACUAUACGCUGAAGCAUGUCGAAAACGAGAUCUUCAGAUAAAAGAGAAUGAUUGUCUGACAAUGUUAUGGGAUGGUUGGACCGAUGCCAGUGGAUCAUCAAUUUACACACUCUCGCUGCUUUACGACUAUGAUAAGUCGGACAUAUUCAGUGUACGAGAAAUAUCCCAUUCAUACCAUACCGCCGAAAAUAUGUAUGCAGAAAUUACGACAGUUAUAAGUGAAAGCAAUGUCACAUUUAGGAAGAUUAAAUGUUUACUUACUAAUACUGGUAGUGUUAUGUUAAAACUUCGACGAUUAGCUGCUGAUAAUCAUGCUAACGUCAUUGCAUUGGUCUGCGCUCUACAUGUAAUAGAUACUAUUUGCCAGGACGUAUGCAGAUUAGAACUUGCCAAGACAACAAUGAAAGGAAAUUAUUCCUUGAUGAACUUUAUUCAAGCAUCCAACAUUUGGUUCAACAAUGCAGGAGAAUGGGAGAAUAAUCAACAGAAUGUCUAUCCUUUCCAAUCCUUAUGUAUUACAAGAUGGCAUUUGAUGAUUAAAGUUUGUUUAUUUGUUAGAUGUUACGAAAAUUUCUUAAUGGAAAUUACAACAAAACCUGGCACAUCUGAACAGUAUCCAGUCCUAUCUUCUAACGACACUGAUAAUCAAGAUAUUGCAACCAUAUAUCGCCUUCAUUUCACAAAGAAUGAGGAACUAAUAGAGAUUUUAAAACCCAUUGGAGAUGUCAUUGAACUUUUGAAAGAUCAGAAGGCAAAUAUUGCUGAUAUAUAUCUUCAGAUUAUUUUAUUACAUGUCCAUUACAAGCAAUUGGAACCGACUUCGUCCAAUCAGGCUAUAAGGGACACUGUGCAGAUUUUAUCGAAACGUUUUAACCAGUACCUGAGUCAUUCAAUUUAUAUUCUCUGCCUAUUUUUUUGGCCGAAAUAUCGUGAUUUUGCUGUGAGUAGAAGAUUUAAUGUAACUUAUAUUGCUAAAGAAGUGGUUAAUAUUGCUAAAAGCUGGCGUUUUAAUUUACAUGCAUGUCGAGCACUGUAUAGAGAUAUACUGCUCUACAAAGAUGAUGCUUUCGCCCCUAGUGAUUUAGCCUAUACGCCAUUACAUUUUUGGAAGGCUACUAUCAAUUAUGGACAACCGAUAAAACAGUUUACGCGCUGGAUUUACAAGCUCAAAGGCCAUGCUGCUCUCAAUGAAAAUUCAUUUUUCAGAUUUUCAAACGCAAAGCCAAUCAUCCGAAACGAGAGGACUGUCAAUCAUUUGCAAAUGUACGGCACGAUUGAAAGUAUGCUUUACAGAGAAAUCCCAGAUGAUCAAAGACCAAGGAAAAGAAAAAGACAUGCAACCAAUGUGGACCAUCUCAUUUCUUCUACAGAAAUGCCAACAGCUAUUGCAGAGGAUGAAGCAGAAGUAAUUGAUUUGUUACAAACACUAGAAAAAAUGCUGCAAGAAGAUAAUACUAAUGUUGAAGAUGAAGAAGAGGAAUUAAGUUUUCAGGCAUCUGAGUUAUUUGUGGACGACCUAUUCGAUUUGAAUAUAUUGACCACUAUACAUGAAGAAUCAAAUUGGCCUGAAGUUUCGCUUUCUCAGCAACAAGGCGAAGAAGAAAUCCAAGAAGAUAUCGAAAAUUUCACAUUCGCGGAUGUAUGUUCCAUAUAA